CCAUAACUCAAUAACUCCAUUCCCAUGUCGUUGAUAUCCUAUUCCACACUAUAACCUUUGCCUUUAGGUACCAGGUUACCAGAAGGUUGCCAGAACUUAUCUAACCUUCAUUCCUGGGUGAGAGACAUUUCCAUCGAUUAAGCCUACAGCUCCAUGAUUAAACAUCAUAUCCCGCAAACGCCUAACCAAUACCAUAUCCUUUGCCUGAAUUGUCACUCUCUUCGCAUGAAUAGCAGGAGAUUUGUCACUAUAACUUGAAGUAUACACAAGACAAAGAAGUAGAUCAAAAGAUAUAUGUACUUACAGUGAGUUUGUAGCAAGGAUGUUGUAGAAAGAGUAAAGAAAGAGGUAGAGGUUGAAAGGUAUGUGUUUUAUUUGAAGGUACGCGUUGUAGUGUUGUUUAGAACAGUAAUUAUUUGCAGGUGAAUAUUCCUUGACGAAUAUAAUUGUUUGCAACUUUAAAAAAACAACAACCUUACAACCAACCACCUUCCUUGGUUACGUUCCGAUCUACACAUUCUUCUUCUCUUUUGCGCUUUACCUCUUCACUAGGACCUCAAGUAAGUUUAUUAUCUUGAUUCUACAGUCAGAACUUCUGAUGAUCUUCUGCUAAUCACGUGUUUAGCAUGGCGAAACGCAAGGCACCUGAAGAACUCUCCACUAAUUUGAAUACUAUCAAAGCUCGCAACCGCGUCUCCAACCUUACUGAAGAUGAGAAGGCUGUUCAUUUAGCACUCAAGGCUGACCAUGGCGAUCUGAGCUACUACUUAAAGAAGUUAUACAAGUCUGCAAAGUAUAUCGCUGCCUCUGCUGAAGACAAGACACGUCUACAGAAUGAAUUGAAGGUUGAGCGUAUUCGUGUUCGGACUGAAAAGGGCACCCAUGCAUCUUGCAUUGCGAAUCAGAAAGUCAAGAAUACUAGCGCCCCUUCUUCUUCUCCACAAGCCCCACCAUCUACUCCGCCACAACUUCUGUCUGAGCUUGCUGCAUUUGAGGGUAUCACCAGUAUCCCAAUCGAUGACGAUCAUAACAGCGAAUGGGAGGAUACUGAGGUUGAAGACGAUUUAGAGUUGGAGCUUAUGUUACGGCGCGACGAUAUUUUAAAUGACGAGGCUGUUCUACCAGAUGAGCUUUCUGAUGAAGAGAUCGCUAGCAUCCAGGCUCUCUUAACUCAAGCACGCAUUGAUGCCCAUGAAGAGUCCAAUUUCCGCAAGUGGCAACAUUUCUGGGAUAGCUGUAUCCGCUCAUAUACGAGAAAGGCUGGAAAGCUGAGAAAGAAGCCUGAGCAUCUCUUUGAAUAUAUGCCAUGGAUUGAUGUAGAAGAAGGCACUUUUCACAACGUUAUCCCACCACAUAAAUAUUUCUGUUUGUACGAGCAGGCAGUUUGGACAAACUUUACAGCUUGGAAGUUUGGAAAGUGGGCCCAAUUACCAGGACCUGCGCAGUGGUACCCAAAGUCUUACAAUCUUGUCGACAACGGAUGGUUACAAGUCUCCACUCAUAGUUCUAGCUUCAAAGAGGCGUUCUUACUUGUCUACUCUAAGAAAUUUGAUAAGGAAAAGUGGGCUAAGGUAUCAGCUGCACAGGAUAUGUUGUUUCUGGAGUUAGAGUAGAGGAGAGAAAUGGAGUAUUUGAUUUUCCGACGCGAAUAGGGG